AUGUCAACCGAAUCUACACAAUCGCAGGCAUGCUGCAACACACCCGCAGUGGUUAGCAAGGGCUACCAGCCAAAAGGCGAUUACAUUGAGGUGAACGGAUUGAAGACCUACCAAACCGGUCCCAAGGACGCAAAGCAAGGAAUUCUCGUCGUCUACGACAUCUUCGGAUUCUUUAACCAAACACUCCAAGGCGCGGAUAUCCUGGCCUACACUGACAGCCAGAAGUACCAAGUUUUCAUGCCUGAUUUCUUCGAGGGAAACCCAGCCGACAUCUCCUGGAUGCCACCGGAUACCAAGGAAAAGGAGCAAAAGAUGGGCGAGUUCUUCAAGUCGCAAGCUGCGCCGCCAAAGACACUACCGCGCAUCCCGAAGAUUGUCGAUGAGCUUAGCCAGAAGAAUGGUAUUGAAAAGUGGGCCAUCGUUGGUUUCUGCUGGGGCGGAAAGAUCGUCAACUUGUCUUCCAUGGAGGGCACAAAGUUCAAGGUCGCAGCAGCAUGCCACCCCGCCAUGGUUGCUGGCGACGACGCUCCUGGCAUCAAGAUCCCCUACAUCAUGCUUCCCUCGGGCGACGAGUCCAAAGAUGAUGUCAAGAAGUGGGAGGAGGGCAUCAAGGUCCCUCAUGUUGUGGAAUGGUUCCCAGAUCAAAUCCACGGCUGGAUGGCGGCGCGCAGUGACCUUGAACAGGAGAAGGUCAAGAAGGAGUAUGAGCGCGGUUACAAGAUGGUGUUGGAUUUCUUCCACAAGCACAUCUUUGAAGCACCCGUAGCAGGCGCAAUCGCAGGCGUUACUGCAGCUGCCGCUUACAUCGACGCCAAAUACCACAUUACCAAAGACCUCAAGAGCCAACGCGUCCUGAAAGCUGCCGCGCGCGAUCUCGAGAAGAAUGCACGAGGCAAAGGCCAGUCCCUAUGGUACCAGUUCGAAGCCCAAGUCCGCCGCUUGCCCUCGACCGAAGAGUGCAUCUGGUCUCGCAACGGUUGCUACACAUGGGCCGAAACCUACGCGAACGCCUGUCGAUAUGGCCAAUACCUGCGCCAGAAUGGCGUUGUCCCCGGGCAGCUCUUUGCCAUGUACAUGAUGAACCGACCCGAAUUCCUCUUCGCACAUCUGGGGGGCUGGAGCAUAGGAAGCGCGCCGGCGUGGAUCAACUACAACCUCGCAGGCGAUGCGCUGGUGCACUGCUUGAAAGUGAGUGGCGCCAAGGUGUUGCUUGUGGAUGAAGAUCAAGAGUGCAGAGAUCGUAUCGAGGCUGUCAGAGAGAGGCUGGAGAGCGAACUGGGCAUGACUAUUCUGAUCCUGGACACGGGCUUGAAGGGUGAGAUAUCUAGGCUGGAACCCACAAGGCCUGAGGAUGAGCUUAGGGUGGGCAUGAAGGGGAAGUUCCCACUCUUCCUGUUCUAUACAAGUGGCACCACUGGACACCCGAAAGCUUGCCCCUUCGAGACGCAAAGAGCGGUCGGCUUGACUCAACGUGUAGGUGCUAUGGGACUGAAGUCAGGGCCCAACGGCGACAGGUGGUAUGUUUGCAUGCCUCUAUACCACGGCACUGGUGGCACGACAGCACUCGUCUGUAUGGUCACCGGUCUCACAUGCUGUAUCGGCACCAAGUUCUCGACAUCCAGGUUCUGGACCGACGUACGUGAUUCGAGAUCUACCGCCAUGGUCUAUGUAGGAGAAACCGCUCGCUACCUUCUCAAUGCCCCUCCUAGCGAUCUGGAUCGGAAACACAACGUCAGAGCCAUGUUUGGAAACGGCCUUCGCCCCGACGUAUGGCAGCGCUUUGUCGACCGCUUCGGCAUCGAAGUUGUCGGUGAAUUCUUCAACAGCACAGAAGGCGUCAUGGCGCUGUUCAAUGGUUCUCGAGGACCCUUUACUGCCACGUCAGUCGGACACCAGGGUCUCAUCGAUCGCUGGCGCACCCACAACACCUAUGUUCCCAUCGAGGUCGAUAUUGUAACAGGAGACCUCCUCCGUGAUCCCAAGACCGGCUUCUGUAAACGAAAGGCCUACGAGGAGGGCAGCGAGAUCCUCGUUCAGAUGCCAAGCGAGCAAGCUUUUGUCGGCUACUGGAACAAUCCUGAGGCCACUGAGAAACGUUUCGAACGCAACGUUUUCAGGAAGGGCGACCUCUAUUACCGCACUGGCGAUGCUUUACGCCGUGAUGCUGAUGGCCGUUGGUUCUUCAUGGACCGUCUCGGUGACACCUUCCGCUGGAAAUCCGAAAACGUGAGCACAGCAGAAGUCAGCGAAGCACUCGGCUCCUUUCCAGGAAUUCAAGAAGCGAACGUCUACGGCGUUGAAGUGCCUGGCUUCGAUGGCCGAGCAGGUUGUGCAGCCAUCCACAUCGACCCUGCUCAUCUCGACUCCUUCAACUUCAACGCGCUACUUGCGCAUGCGAGAGAGAAGUUGCCAAAGUAUGCGGUACCUGUUUUCUUAAGGGUACAGAAACAACAAACGACGAUGCAUAAUAACAAGCAGAACAAGGUUCCGUUGAGGAAUGAUGGCAUUGAUCUGAGAAAACUUAUGGAAAGGGCGGACAAAGAGGCCAAGGAGCAAGGGAAAGAAGAAGCGGAAUACGAUACUAUGUACUGGCACCCUGCUGCUCUUGGGUCGGGCAAGGGCCAGACCGGUGCGGAUGAUGGCUACGUUGUAUUCACCAUGGCGGAUUGGGACUUGCUGAAAGGAAGCGUGGAUGUGGAGGGCGGUGCCAAACUGUGA